AUGUCAGAAGUCCAAAAAGUUUGUGAAACAAAAACAGUAGCUGAAGUGGAAGUCAAAGAGGAAAAGCCUGUCCUUACUGAAGAAGCUACUACAUCAAACGAAAAGAUGAUGGGAAAGUAUAUUGGUGCUCACAUAUCUGCUGCUGGUGGCGUAUUUAAUUCCUUAAUUAAUAUGAAAAACAUAAAUGCUGCAAGCUGCGCAUUCUUUGUCAAAUCUCAAAGGAAAUGGACAUCUGCAGAUAUGCCAGAGGAAAUCGCAGAAAAGUUUCGAGAACUGGCCAAGGAGUACAAAUUCGAUACCAAAAAGCAUGCCCUUGUUCAUGGUAGUUACCUUAUAAAUAUGGCAAACGCAGACAAACAAAAACGCGAACAGGCUUAUGAUUGUUUUCUUGAUGAUUUAAAGCGAUGUGAGCGUUUGGGUGUAGGGAAUUACAAUUUUCAUCCAGGAAGUACUGCCACUUGUACAAAAGAAGAAGGCAUCAACAAUUUAGCAGAUUGCAUUAAUCGUGCUCAUGAAGCUACAAAAGAUGUGGUCAUUGUUACUGAAAACAUGGCUGGUCAGGGAAAUUGUCUUGGGGGAACUUUCAGUGACUUUGCAGCAUUGAAAACAAAGAUCAAGAAUUUGGAUCGCUGGAAAGUUUGCUUGGAUACCUGUCACUCCUUUGCUGCUGGUUAUGAUUUACGCACAAAAGAAAGUUAUGAAAAAGUCAUAGAAGACUUUGACAAAACGGUUGGUGUACAGUAUAUCGGUGGAUGGCACUUGAAUGACUCAAAAGCUCCAUUAGGAAGUAACCGUGAUUUGCAUGAGAACAUUGGUUUGGGAUUUUUGGGAUUGGAGCCAUUCCGAUUAAUUAUGAAUGAUUCCAGGUGGGACGGAAUCCCCAUGGUCCUUGAAACACCUGCUAAGACACCAGAAACAUGGGCAAACGAGCUUGUAACCCUUCGCGCACUGGUAGGAAAAUCCGCUGAUGACUCUUACGUUCUUGAGGAGAGUAAACGACUAGCUGGCAUGGGCGAGUCAUCACGGAAAGACCAAAUGAGCAAGUUUGAGCAGAAGGAAGCAAAACGGGGCGGAAAAAAACGAAAGGAUGAGCUGACUACCAAUCAGACAACUAUAAAGACAGUGAAGCGAACACGAAAGACCGUAGAAGCCUCCGAAGCGUAA